AUGAAGCUUCUUGCAACUUUGAACUUCGUCGCUGCGGCGCUGGCUGCCAGUCGAACGACUGCACCAGCCGGAUGUAUCACCGUCAAGAAGGGCGGUCAAUUCGGCACCAUCCAGUCAGCUGUCAACUCUCUUUCCACCACUGCGACCGGAACUCAAUGCAUCUUCAUCGACCAAGGUACCUACAAUGAGCAGGUCCUUGUUCCUGCUCGCAAAGCCCAACUGACUAUGUACGGAUACACCACCGAUACGAGCGGCUACGCUGGCAACAAGGUUACCAUCACUGCGCGAAAGAGCCAGGCUGAUGGUCUCAACAAUGAUGGAAGUGCAACGCUUCGUGUCAAAGCUGCCAACUUUAAGCUUUACAACGUCAACGUUGCCAAUACCUAUGGAAAGGGUAGCCAGGCUGUCGCUCUGAGCGCUUACGCUGACAGUGGUUACUACGGCGUUGCCCUCACCGGAUUCCAGGAUACCCUCCUCGCCAACGAGGGAUACCAACUGUACUCCAAGUGCAUGAUCGCCGGUGCUACCGACUUCAUCUUUGGCCAGCGCGCUUCCGUAUGGUUCGAGAAGACCGAUCUUCGCGUUGUCUCUGCUUCCGUCGGCUACAUCACCGCAAACGGCCGCGACUCCGACUCCAACAUGUCCAACUACGUCUUCAACAACUGCAACAUCGCCGCCGCCGCCGGAAACAACGUCGCCAAUGGUGCCUACUACCUCGGUCGACCCUGGAGACAAUAUGCCCGCGUCACCUUCCAGAAGACCAGCAUGAGCGCUGUCAUCCACCCUGCUGGAUGGUCCAUCUGGAACAAGGGCGAGGAGAACACUGGCCACGUCCAGUUCAAUGAGUUUGGCAACACUGGUGCUGGCUCUACUGGUCAACGUGCUUCGUUCUCCAAGAAGCUUGGCUCUGCUGUGUCUAUCUCGUCUGUUUUGACUGGUAGCUACACUUCUAAGGGCUUCUAUGAUGGUUCUUAUAUGUAG